AUGAGCUGCCUUCAGGUGGGCAAUCAGCAGUUGGCUACAGCUCUGGCUGCUCCUGAUGCAGUCCGUGGUUGUGGAGCCAGCAUCCGACUCCUGUCUUCAGCAGGAGGAGGCGGCUCCGCCAACUGCACGGUGCUGGCGGUGCGGCAGCUCGGCGAGCGCUUCUCCUGCACCUUCUCCUGCGGAGCCGCCUGCCGGGGGACCGCCCGCUACCCCUGCCUCCAGGUCCUGGUCCGCACCUCCCGCUCCUCCGUCCCCGCCUUGCUCCAUGAGGACGAGCGGCAGCUCCGUACCAACCCUAAGUGUUCCUACAUCCCUCCCUGCGCAAGAGACGACCAGGAGAACUCUGAGAAUGUCACAUACAAGCAGAAAUACUGGAAAGAGAAAGUGGGUGCGCAACCAUUUACAUGCUAUUUCAACCAACACUUGAG